AUGGAUUCUACCUGGGCGGGUUCAACGGGGCGGCCUUGCCGACCGCGUCCCGGCUCGAGGCCAAGCCUUCUCCUCCCACUCCUUGUUUUUGCCGCUGUCUUCUUUUCUGGCUCCGUGUCGGCCAACCUCGUCAGGAUCUCUAGGCGAGCAACUGAAAUUGUUGCUCAUCACCACAACCUUGGUCUCAAGCGUCGGGUAGACACCAAUUCGGUAGCGCAAGGUGCUAUUCUGGCUUCCCCAGGACACCAGAGUCCAGAAAAGGCACCUCCGGUCCCAUUGCAAGCGCCGAGCUUCUCCUCGCCUCUGCAGCGACGUGAUGCCUUAAAAUGCGGCCCAACAGCACCCUGUCCUGACGAAAGCUGCUGCGGUACCAACAACAAGUGUGGCUACGGCCCGGACUUUUGUGGCAGUGGCAACUGCAUCUCAAAUUGCAAUGCCACCGCCAUGUGUGGCAAAUACAGCGCAGGUGGGAACAUCAAGUGCGGCAUGAAUCUCUGUUGCUCUGCAUAUGGGUGGUGUGGAACAGAUGACCUUCACUGCAACCCCAAUCCCACGGAGGCCAACGGCAAAGCGCCGUGUCAGCAAGGCUUUGGUCUGUGCCAGACCGUCCCUCCUCCAUCGUGUGGCGUGGGCUCCGGUACUACCAAUGGGAGAACUAUAGGAUACUACCAGGCGUCUAACACGCGUGAUCGCCUUUGCAACCGCAUCUCGCCAUCUCAGAUCAAUCUGGAUGGCCUGACACAUCUCUAUUUUGCAUUUGCCAAGUUCGACCCGAGCACAUUUGCGAUCGUGCCCGGAGAUGCUGCCGAUGAGCAGCUGUAUCCUCCGUUCAAUGCUUUGCAAUCCAAAGGAGUUAAGACGUGGGUCGCCGUUGGUGGGUUCGACUUCUCUGACCCAGGUACUGCGACUCAUACAGCUUGGUCCGAUAUGGUAUCCACGGCCUCCAACCGUGGAGCAUUCAUACAGUCUCUCAAGGGGUUCAUGAGCAAGUGGGGGUUCCAAGGGGUAGAUCUAGACUGGGAGUAUCCGGUCGACGCCAAACGUGGUGGUAGAUCUGCCGAUACGGCCAACUUCGUCGAGCUGGUGAAGGAGAUGAAGGCUGCUUUCGGUGGUCAAUAUGGUAUUAGUCUAACCUUGGCGCCUGAUUACUGGUACCUUAGAGGAUUUGAUGCCAAAGCAAUGGAGCCGUAUGUCGACUUCUUCGGUUUCAUGGCAUACGACUUGCACGGAUACUGGGAUACAGAUGUCAAGACACUAGGAUCCGUUGUCCGCGGCCAGGCCGAUAUCAGGGACAUCAGCAACGAUACCAUGCCCUUGUGGUUCGACGCCUUGAACCCUUCAAAGAUCAACUUCGGACUCGCCUACUAUGGCCGUGGCUACACUCUAAGCGAUCCGAGUUGCAACACACUAGAAUGCCGCUUCAAGGGCCCCAGCAAGCCCGGCAUCUGCACCAACUAUCCCGGAGUCAUGUCUCUGGUAGAGAUUGAGCAUCUGAUCCAACAAAAGGGCCUCAAGCCAACCCUCCUUCCCCAGGCUCUGAUGAAGCAAAUCACGUGGGACGAUCAAUGGAUAGGGUACGAUGACGCCGAGACCGUCAAGAUGAAGAAGGCAUGGGCCGAUGGCCAAUGCUUCGGCGGCACCAUGAUCUGGUCAGUGGAUUUCAACUCCGGCAGCGGAAGCGGCGAUCUUCCCACCAACACCACGGACGGAACUUGCGGCCCCAAGUUUGGCAACACCGUCUGCGGCGACUGGUCGGCCGGAAGCUGCUGUUCGCCGUCUGGCUACUGCGGCAACACCGCCGCGCACUGCGGCAACGGCUGCAGCAGCGGUCCUUGUACCAUCGGCGGCGAAACCACCGACGGCACCUGCGGCGCGUCGUUCAGCUCCUCGUUCUGCGGCAGCUUCGCCGGCGGGAGCUGCUGCUCCCUGGCGGGCUACUGCGGCAGCGACGACGCGCACUGCGCCAAGGGCAACUGCCAGUCCGGGUGUCCCACCGCCGACGGGACGUGCGGCAGGCAGAGCACGCACAACACCUGCAAGGGCUCGGCCUACGGCAACUGCUGCUCCAAGGACGGGUUCUGCGGCAGCACCGACGCCCACUGCGGUGCAGGCUGCCAGAAUGGCGACUGCGUCCCGGGCGCGGGCAACAUGACGACUGAUGGCAGGUGCAGCGCCUUGACGGGCAUCAACUGCCUCAACUGGCCGCAGGGAGAGUGCUGCUCGUCGGGGGGCUGGUGCGGCAACGAAGAAGGACAUUGCGGUGCUGGGUGUCAGUCUGGUCCGUGUGAAUUCCCUACUGUGGUGACGGGCUUCUGCGAAGGUCCAGACUGCAAGGGCGGGAUCUGUGUUGGCCCUUUAUGUCCUGGCUGCACUGAUGGUGUCUGUGUGGGAUCCAAGUGUGGGAGCAAGGGCUGCCAUGGUGACGAUUGCGAUAGUGGUUCCAAAAGGUGCAAGGGGGACAAGUGCAUCAGCACCGGCUGCGAAGGGAGCGACUGUGACGGCGGUAGCGGCAAAUGCCGGGGCCCGCAUUGCAACCGCCAUUCCUGCACCGGAGAGGAUUGUGUGGACGGCGUGUGCGUUGGCCCUCACUGUUCCAACCAGUCGAAUGAUUACGGAGGUGGUUGUGAGGGCAAUGGAUGUCCAGGUGGUGGUGGAGAUGGCGAGAACUGCCAAGAGAAAAAGACGGCCUCGACCUGCAUCACCACUACAACGAGUACGAUAUUCAAGCCGGCGACGACCUGGACAACCUGGAGCUUCAGCGAGUGCAGGACCAACAUUGGCUGCAGUGUCACGGACUCUUCCUCGUCAACGACCGCGACAGGCACCUUCGCUUUCCCCACCUACCUACCUGUCUUUACAGAUUAUGAGGUCUUGGUACCCGGGGGAGUCAUGAUGAACCCUUCGAGGUACUCUCACAUCGGGGGCAAUGGCCCAAUCACAGCAGCCCCAACGAGAACCUCCAGCAGCUCCAGCAGCUCCUCUACUUCGCAGACGUCAGCCUUCAUCAGCUGCUCGCACCACAACAUGGACCCCGGGGACGGCAUCACCGUGCCGUACUGCGUCUGCUCGGGAUCGACGUUCGCCGAGUCGGUCGCGACAUACGUCACUCCGUACAACAGCUGCGGAUACACCGACAAGCCGACAAGCACGAUCGACAUCGGCUCGCCGCCCAAGACCACCGACAUCGACAAGUGCCAGGUGUGCUCCGUGGUCGGGCACAACAACCAAGAGUGCACCAGCAUCGACAACUGCACGCCCAAGCCGACCGACCCGCCCAAGCCGACGGGGAGCCUGUGCCUUUCGCUGUGGGGUGACGCAUUCAUCGGCGGCAGUGACCAGUCCUAUGGAGUCUUCAAGCCGGGCGCCGCGUGCACCAACAAACAGUCUGUGCUGAUUGGUGGCUUCAAGGUCAAUAAUGUUUGCGACCUAGGCAAACACGAUGCGUUCUUGGUCUGCGGGAAGAAGGCAAGGUUUGUGAAUGAGGGGCCCGUCUUCAAGGGCAUCGAGAAAGGACAUGAUUGCGCUCUGCAAUUGCAGAUUGAUGGCGUCAAUUAUUCUGGAUCCAUGGUCGAUCCGGUCGAUAAACCUUGUUCGGAUUUCUGCAAGGCAGGACCCGCGUUCGGAACCGCCCUCGGGAGGUUGAAGUUUGACAAUGUACCUAUAUGUGAUUAG